AUGGCCGCUCAGCCCGACAUCUCGCAGAUUCUGGCUGCUCUGGCUGCUACCCAGAGACCCCAGAGUACCCCGUCGCAAGCCUCGCACCAGCCGCCUCCGCAGGCUCAAGCACCCCAGCCGCCGCAGAGUAUACCUCCAGCUUACCCGACUUCCUACGUCACCCCGACGCCGCCUGCCACCAUGCCGCCCUACGGCCUGCCCCAGCCGACCAACUCCGGCAGCGUCGAUCUUAGCGCCAUAAAGCCCGUCAGCACCGGCUCUGUCAGCAUCGCCGACGCUCUUGCAAAGGCGCGCAACAUCGCAGCUGAGAAGGGCCUGCAACCCUACGAUGCUCCGUCGCGUGAGGACCCCAGGCUAGCCGGCCGUCCCUACCGCCGCUCGCGAUCUCGGUCACGCUCUCCUUCCCGCCGCGACAACUUCCGCGACAACUACAACCCUUACCGGGACGAGCGACGCGAUGACCGCCGCUACGGUCGCGACCGCUCUCGUUCGCCCCCAUCCCGCGGCCGCGACACGUUUUCGCCUCAGCGCGGCUACGGCGGUGCCCGUGACAGGUCGCCUCCCGACAGCGAGACCAUUACCAUCGAGUCCUCACUCGUCGGCCUUGUCAUUGGCCGCCAGGGCGAAAAUCUCCGACGAAUCGAGCAAGACACCGGAACGCGGAUUCAGUUUGUCACUGGUCCCGAAGCUGGCGGUCCUCAGCGCCAGUGCAGAAUCACUGGGCCGAUGCGCUCUCGCGUGGAUGCUAAGAGGGAGAUCUACCGCAUCAUCGACGAGAAUGGUGGCCAAGGCGCAAGAGACGCGACCCAGCGGGCAGCAGGUGCUAGUGGAGGAAGUGCUAACAGGCAGCAAAGAGGCAAUCAGCCCGUGCUUCGUGAUGGCGAAAACAGCGUCCAGAUCAUGGUGCCCGACAGGACGGUUGGCUUGAUCAUCGGCCGGCAAGGUGAAACAAUCCGGGAUCUCCAGGAGAGGAGCGGAUGCCAUGUGAACAUUGUUGGUGAAAACAAGAGCGUCAACGGCCUUCGUCCUGUCAAUCUCAUCGGUAGCAGAGAGGCUGCUGCUCGUGCCAAGGAGCUUAUCAUGGAGAUUGUGGAAAGCGACACGCGCCCUUCGGGGCCUCCGGCAAAAGACCAUGCACGCGGUGGUACCUUCGACCCGUCAGGUCCUGGUAAGAUUAACGACACCAUCGUCGUGCCCUCAGAAGCCGUUGGCAUGAUUAUUGGCAAAGGUGGUGAGACGAUCAAGGAGAUGCAGAACUCGACAGGAUGCAAAAUCAACGUAUCCCAAGCAUCCGGGGCUGACAUCGAACGUGAAAUCGGCCUUGUCGGAACCCGCCAGGCGAUCGAGGACGCCAAGCGGGCCAUUUGGGACAAGGUGGAUACAGUGCGUGAGAAGAAUGGCGGGGUAGGCAAUCGUGGAGGCCGUGGCCGUGACAACGAACCAUAUAAUGAGCGCUACUCACAACCGCAGCAACAACAAGGCUACGCGCAGCAGCAGCCGGCAGGCAUGUCACAGCAGCAAGCUGCCGGGCCGGGAGGCGAUGCUGCUGCUGCGGGUGGAGCUGACCCCUACGCCAUGUAUGGCGGCUACCAGAACUACAUGGCCAUGUGGUAUGCGGCGCUUGCUCAACAGCAGCAGGGCCAGCAAGGACAGCCGGGACAGACGCCGGGCCAACAGCCUCCUGGAGCAUAG